AUGCUCGCCACCAGCAAUCAACCCCACAACUCUCACACCACACCACGCACACAAACCACCAUCAAAAUGUCCAACGAAUUCAAGUCCACCGUCAUGCCUUCCCAGGAGGGCAAGCAGUCCAACAUUGGCGGUCCCGGAAUCCAGAUUCCCAAGGACAAGGAGCAGGUCGAGAGUGCUUUUGGCCAGGUUCGAAAUGUCGAUGCCAAGCAGCUCAAUGAGCAGAUUAACAAGGAGGAGAAGGCCGCCGAGGCUGCUGCCGAGAAGAAGAACUAG